AGCCAAGGGCCAGGUCGAGAUAACGUUGAGGUGGGAGACGGCUGGGCUCCAGCACCCUGGAUCGUGUCCUGGUGCUCGACCGAUCUCUGCUGGAGCCGUCUUCCGCAGCCUCAAAACCUCGCCGUCGACCCUGGAUCCCACCACCGGCAACGUGUUGUAUCUCUGUUUGCAAAUAGCCACCUCAUCUCAUCUCUGCGACGGUGAUUGUUAGCAACAAGUCCCUUGGCGACAUCGACCCUAUGGCGAGCACAGUCGAAAAGACGCCCGAGGGCACCAUCUACAAGCCUGCACGCACGCGCAAUGUCCCUCAAAUGGAUGUAAUGACCCUGCUUUUCGAGUCUGAGCACUGCCGCGCACCAACCAACAAGGUCAUUACCGCCGAUGCAGAAGACCCCUCGAGGCACCUCACAAAGGCCCAACUGCUCAAGCAAUCUCGGCGUGCCGCGCACCUCUUCCGGUCAUCAUUUGACGUGGGCUCGUCCGGCCCCAGCAAAGACGUCGUCUUUAUCAUCGCGACGGGCCACCACAUGCUCCCAACCCUCUUCUAUGGUGCCAUUAUCGCUGAGGGCAUCUUUUCAUCAACAAGUCCCUCCGCCACAGCCGACGAGUUCGCCUACCAGCUGACACAGACAAGCGCAAAAGUCGUCGUGGCCACGAAUGACACCAAAGAUGUCGCCCUGGCCGCCGCCAGGAAAGUCGGCCUGUCGGAACGCAGCGUCCUCGUGGUAGGUGGCGACCGCGAGCUCACCUUCACCGAGGCGGCCAGCGGCGCAAAGUUCCCCUUCUCUAACCAGGAGCUCGACUGGCGUCGCAUUACCGACCCCGCGGAGCUGGAGAAGAGCAUCAUCUGCCUCCUCUUUUCAAGUGGCACCACUGGCCUCCCCAAGGCCAUGCGCAUAUCACACCAGAACGCCGUCGCAGCAGCCUACCUCAACCUUGAGCCUCUUAGAGAGUACAACAGCAAGCACCGUAGGGACGAUUUCGAAUACGUCACCCUUGCGCACUUGCCUGCGGCACACAUUGCUGGCGUGCAGGGGUACUUCGUCAACAACACCUACAUGGGCGGCACCUGCUACUGGAUGCAGAAAUUUGACUUUGUAAAGUUCCUGGGCUUCGUCCAGACCUACAAGAUCACAUCCAUGUUCACCGUCCCGCCCAUCUUCCUGCUCAUCUCCAAGAUGCCAAUCGUCAAGAACCAGCUCGAUAGCUGGGUGGACGCCAUGUCUGGGGCCGCUCCAAUGGGAGAUGAUCUGCAGGUAGAGGCUGCAAAGAAGAUUGGCAGAGGCAUCCACUUGCGCCAGACUUGGGGUUUGAGCGAGACGACUGGCAGCUUCACGACCACACCAUAUGCGCUCUUGGACACUGCGCCGGCUGGGUCUGUCGGGGCGCUCAUCGACAACUGCUACAUGCGCAUGGUCGACGAUGAUGACAAGGACGUCGAGCCGGGCCAGCCCGGUGAGAUCUGGUGCAAAGGGCCAGUCGUGACGCAAGGCUAUUGGAAUAACGACAAGGCCAACAAGGAGUCCUACAAGCAGGGUUGGUUCUGCACAGGCGACAUUGGUGUCUUCAAGGACGGCGUCUUCUUCAUUGUGGACAGGAAGAAGGAACUCAUCAAGUACAAGGGCAAUCAAGUCGCCCCAGCCGAGCUGGAGGCUCUCUUACUCUCGCAUCCCAAGAUUCUGGACGCGGCAGUUAUUGGUGUUCCUGGCGAAGGCACCGAGGUACCACGUGCCUACAUUGUUGCAAAUCCCAAGGAAAUCUCGGAGCAGCAGAUUCUUGAGUGGUUCAAGACGCAGGGUGUCGCUAGAUACAAAUUCCUGCGCGGGGGCGUCAAGUUCGUCGAGGCUAUCCCCAAGAGCCCUUCGGGAAAGAUUCUACGCAAGAUAUUGCGAGACCAAGCCAAGGCCGAAUUCAAGACGUCGAAAUUGUAGAUGUGGAAGGGGACUUGGUUUGAAUGGCAAAGUCUGUCGGCAAAGAGGUUAUUCUGCCCAUUUCUAGACACACGAGAAGAAGAGCGUAUCAGUGAUCGCCGUCGUAUCGUCCAAUACUCUUUUUAGAACUUAGCGACCUAAUCUUAUAAUGUUCUGCGAAUGUGAGCAUACCACACCAAAAUUUGUGAUGAGCCCCUCGCCUGGUGGGUGGUCUGCCAUUUUGUUUAGCGACACUACUCAAGUAUCUAGC